UAGAGCUCUCCUCUCAACAGCUCAGUCAAGUCUGCUGUUUAAAAGAAAGAACAGGAGUCACUAAUGUGUGCUCUGAAUGUAAACUAGGGUGAAGGUUUGUGAAACUGAGACUCUUUUUGUCUUGGAGGCGUCGUUGGGUCAUUCAGACUGCAAACAACUUCAGAGGGAAGUCCUUGUCUGUGUUUUGCGCAUCUGCCUUCGGUUUCGUGCCUCCUUGGAUGUUGCGCCACGCUGUAUAGCGUUCGCCAGCUGUCACGGGAGUAACGUCAGUGUACGGUACAGAGGCGACACAACAGUCAUCUUGACCAUUCUCAGUGGCAGCAACCCGAGUUGAUGAGGACGCAUCAGCAUUUCCUCUCAAACUAAUUAACGCCAACAGAAUGCUGUCUAUCGCGUUUGCCAGAUGAUACCUGUUGAUUCUACGAUAUCGCGCCAUGUCCUUCUGCCGGACCAAAGUGGACAAUGAAGUUAUGGGAUAGCCUAACCACUUGUUUGAUACUACUGAGCGCCGCCGUGCAUGCCAGCUCGUUGCUCCAGACCACUAAGAGGAGAGGGCGCGACGCCGAGAGACCCCUGGAGCUACCGCCGGUUCAGAUCCGCCUGUCAGUCACUUCUCGGGGCAUCAGCCGCGCUCAGGCGGAUCAUACGUCGGACUUGGAAGAGACGCUGGCUGGAAGUGAUAAAGACAUCAUGGAGGAGCCUCCACUGAAGGAAUUUGAAGACGUGGUGGACUUCAUCAAAGUGACCAUUAGUCGGAUACGCCGCUCAUCUUCAUCCACCAUGUCCUCAUCUACCUCUUCAUACACCACCCUCUCUCCCUCUAAGGUGGACUUGAGAAGCAGGGCUCGGCAAAGGAGGGAGAGGAAAAAGGGGUCGAGCAAGCAGAGCAGGAAAGGGGGAAGACCAGGGGCUACAGUGGGGGAGACAGGGAGGAAGGUUAAAGGAGGAAGAGCUAAUGGACGAGGGCAGGGUUGUGUGCUCAAACAGAUCCAGCUUAAUGUGACUGACCUCGGACUGGGCUACCGCUCCAGCGAGGAAAUGAUAUUCAGGUACUGCUCUGGACCUUGCAGGAAGUCAGAGACAAACUAUGACAAAAUCCUCCAUAACCUCGCACACAACAGGAGGCUUCCCUCCAAAGACACACCCCCUCAGGCCUGCUGUCGGCCAAUAGCGUUUGAUGAUGACCUCUCCUUUCUGGAUGACAAUCGUUACCACACCGUGAGGAAGCACUCUGCCAGGAGGUGUGGUUGUGUCUGAAGUGAUGUGAAGCUUUUGAUGAUCUUAGGUCCGUUCUUACUUCAAAGUAUGAUGUUGGGUGUUCUUGCUUCCAACUUUUCUCUCAGCUAGAAAACUCUGUCAUUUAGUGUGAAGCCAUGUUUGCCUUUGAGUCCAUCAGUUAUGGAGAUUAUCAGGAGAGGAGGUAUUAAUACAGUUUUACCAAAAGAGCAAUUAUUUAUCAUGAUCCUAAUUUUACACAUUUUUACACAUGGUAGCUCUAUGACAACAUCCAACAUCUCCAACACCUUAUAGCGCCAAUUGUGGUCUGUCAAUGGAUGAAUUACCAGACUCAUUCUGUCCUCUGUAAAGCACAUGUUAUGUAGAACAUGUCAUA